AUGGCCAGAAAGUCGAGAGGUAUAAAUACCUCUAGCAGAAGAGAUGAAAGAGAUGAGGAGGAGCUGGACUUAGAUGAGAUCGAUCAAUUUCAUAAAAAUCAGGAAGAAAUCCUGUUAGACCAGGCUGGUCUAGCAAGGAAAGGUCGAUCUGGUCUUGAUGAAGAAAUGGAAAUGAGCGAUGAGGAGGUGCUUGGCUUAGAUAACGAUGAAGAAGAGGAUGAAGAGGAUAUGGAAAUGGACGAUGAUGCACUUUAUGGUGGGAACAAUGAAGAGGAUGAAGAGGAAGAAGGGUGGGGUUCGUCGAAGAACAAUUACUAUGGCGCUGACGAGCCACAAGAUGAGGAAAGUGCGAAACAAGAAGAGCAAGAAGCAUUAAGGUUACAAAAAGCACACUUGGCUGAGCUUGCUGAAGAUGACUAUUACGAAGAUGAAGACCUAGACGAAUGGAAAGAAUCUGCUAUGGCCACUGAAAGCGAUUUAUUAGAUAGCACGGGUGGAGUUCAUCACGAGGCCCUGCCUGAGCAAGAUCCUACAUUACUUAGUGAGACAGAAAGGCUUAAUCUGCUACAAACUUGGUAUCCCGAAGUACUACCGUUCAUUGGUGAACUGGAAAAGUAUUCCGGCUUGCUGGAAAGUCUGAAAAAGACAGUUAAGGAGAGUGAAAAUAAAAUUGCAUCUAUCAAAUUCGCUGCUCUUAGCUCGUAUCUUGGCACGCUGAGUGCGUAUUUUGCAUUGUUUGUUGGUACCAUUGAAAAUGGCAAGGUCAGUUUAAAGGAUCACGAUGUAGUAAAAGGCAUUCUUAAAGCGCGAGAACUGUGGAGACUGGCCAGCAAUUUAGAUGACGAACAAGACGAGAGUGUUAAGAAUAAGAGCAAAUCCAACAGUGGUAGUUCUGUUGCUGUUACUAAUGCUUCGUCUUCAGACACUGCUGAUGAUACUAUUUGGCAGUCGGCCAGCGAGGGCUACAGUUCAGAAGAUGAAACAGCCACCAUCAAUAGCAAAUCCUCGGCAACAAAGAGAAAAAGGGCUGCCUUGGACCGCAACGAGUCCGGGUCUGAUUCAGACUCUGAAUUCUCAGUUGGUGCUCCAGUUGUCAAACAUGUUAAGAGAACUAGAGGUAUCAAGUCAGAUUACCGCGAAGAAGACAUUGAUGAAGUUUCAAUAGCUGAUAAGCUUGCUCGUAAGAAGUCGUUGCGAUUCUAUACUUCUAAGAUUGAUCAGCAGACCAAUAAGGCCAAUAACGGUAGAGAGAAGUUCUCUGGAGAUGCUGAUUUGCCUUACAAGGAGAGGCAUUUCGAAAGGCAACAACGACUCAUGGAAGAAGCCCGCAAGAGGGGUCUUAAGACCUCUGGAGGUGCUUAUGAUCCAGCAGAUGAUUUUGGAUCUGACGAUGAUAAUGAUCGUAGUACUGCCAAGUUAGUAAACGAUGGCUUUAGCGAAGAUUACUACAAUACCAUUAAAGCAGCAUCUGAGAAGCGCAAGGAAGAGAAGAGGAACAACCACUUGCUGGCUAAGCAGGCUGCAAAAGAGGGCCGUCUUGAAGAGCUGGCCAGUGAGCUUGCUACCGACGGUGAUAAGCGUGCUAUCAACUAUCAAAUUCUUAAAAACAAGGGUCUUACACCCAAGCGUAAUAAGGACAAUCGUAACUCUCGUGUCAAGAAGAGAAAGAGGUACGAGGCAGCCAAAAAGAAGUUGCCCAGUGUGCGCCAGGUUUACAAGGCUCCCACUUCAUCCUACCAGGGAGAACAGACUGGUAUCAAGAAAAACCUCAUACGCAGUGUCCGUUUCGCAAACUAA